UAAGUGAGACAUUAUUUCAGAGCUACACAACAGUUUUAACAUAUCAACAACAACAACUGAAUUAAGUGAGCUAGCUAGCUUAGAGGCUUCAAUGGCGAAACCAGUUUCGAUUGAGGUGUGGAACCCAAAUGGGAAAUACAGAGUUGUCAGCACUAAACCCAUGCCCGGAACUCGCUGGAUCAAUCUUUUGGUCGAACAAGAUUGUCGAGUUGAAAUUUGUACCCAGAAGAAAACAAUACUGUCUGUUGAAGAUAUUAUUGCCCUUAUUGGUGAUAAGUGUGAUGGAGUUAUUGGACAGUUGACUGAAGAUUGGGGUGAGACUUUGUUUUCGGCACUGAGCAAAGCAGGGGGCAAAGCUUUCAGUAACAUGGCUGUUGGUUACAACAAUGUCGAUGUGAAUGCUGCUAACAAGUAUGGAGUUGCCGUUGGAAACACUCCUGGAGUGCUUACUGAAACUACAGCAGAGCUAGCAGCAUCACUUUCUUUAGCCGCUGCUAGAAGAAUAGUUGAAGCAGAUGAGUUCAUGAGAGCAGGCUUAUAUGAUGGCUGGCUUCCUAAUCUGUUUGUGGGGAACUUGCUUAAAGGACAGACUGUUGGUGUUAUUGGAGCAGGUCGUAUUGGAUCUGCAUAUGCAAGAAUGAUGGUUGAAGGUUUCAAGAUGAACCUAAUUUACUAUGAUCUGUAUCAAUCCACACGGCUAGAGAAGUUUGUCACAGCUUAUGGCGAAUUCUUAAAAGCCAAUGGUGAACAGCCUGUGACUUGGAAAAGAGCAUCUUCCAUGGAUGAGGUGCUCCAACAAGCUGAUGUGAUAAGUCUUCAUCCUAUUCUGGACAAAACCACUUAUCAUCUGGUCAACAAGGAAAGUCUUGCCUUGAUGAAGAAGGAAGCAAUCCUUAUAAAUUGCAGUAGAGGGCCUGUGAUUGAUGAAGUUGCUCUUGUAGAGCACUUGAAACAGAAUCCUAUGUUCCGAGUUGGACUUGAUGUCUUCGAGGAUGAGCCUUACAUGAAACCUGGACUUGGUGACAUGAAGAAUGCUAUUGUGGUACCUCAUAUUGCUUCUGCAUCAAAGUGGACUCGAGAAGGAAUGGCAACAUUGGCUGCUCUCAAUGUCCUGGGAAAGAUAAAGGGCUAUCCAAUCUGGUCGGAUCCAAACCGGGUCGAACCAUUUCUUAAUGAGAAUGCUAAACCUCCAGCAGCAACUCCUAGCAUUGUCAAUGCCAAAGCUUUAGGUUUACCAGUGUCAAAGCUGUGAGGGUGAGAAUCUACAGUUGGUCAUCAAAUUUGAGCCAAAACUAAGCAAGAGUGAUUUUUCUGGCUGAUGGAACAAUGCAACAUGGGCUCUAGUGAUAAAUUCAAUUAGAAAGAGCACUAACAACAUAUUAAUGUAUAUUAAAAUGGCUAUUUUUAAUGAACUUGCUACGUUCUCUGCUUUUAUGUACUCCUGUGAGAUGUGUUGAUACUUGGCUUCGUUAUUGUGCGUUAUAAAAUAAUAAUAAUAAAAAAUUAUUAUUCAAAAUAGUUUAUUUUGAAUUUUCUCAA